ACAUUGUUUACCUUGCUAGCUGCCCCUCAUUGGGUUAACAGACCAAAAGAUGAAAUCCGUGGUCCAGGAGAACAUGUAAAAUUCACCUGUGAUGUAGAUGGCAAGCCCAAACCCAAGAUUACCUGGAAAAUUAAUGGGGAACCUGUAAAAGUCUCAGAAUCGGGUCCAAAUGUGAAAAUGGAGGGUGGAAGUUUGAUCCUGCAAAACUUGAAGACUACUGACACAGCAGUUGUUCAAUGUGAAGCACGCAACAAACAUGGGCGCAUCCUUGAAAAUGCCUAUGUUUAUGUUGUAGAGCUGGCUCCAGAAAUCCUGACACCAGACAGAAUGACAUACAAUGCAGUCGAGAACACAGAAGUCUUCUUGCAUUGUAAAUUUUUUGGAUCUCCAGUUCCCAUUACUCACUGGUAUGAUAAGGAUAUGAAUUCUGUAGUAAGUAAGGACGGCUUUGAAAUCCUUACAAAUGGGAGUAUGAAAAUAUCAGAUGUGCAUGUUGAAGAUGAAGGAAUGUACUAUUGCACUGCAGCAAACAGCAAAGGCAACAUGACCAUCUCUGCAUACAUAGAUGUCAGAAGUAAGUUUUUAUGAACAAUAGCCCAUGAUGCUUCAAGAU